CAGGGAAUUAAAGGAAUGGCAGCCGAAGUUGUGCUUACUUUUGCUGCGGAGGGAAUACUGAAGAAGGUGCUUUCACUUGCUGAGAAACAAUUCAGUCUUGCAUGGGGUUUCAAAGCUGAACUUCAAAAGCUUAGAGAGUCAUUCACUACCAUUGAACUUUUAUUGAAUGAUGUUGCCCACAAACCACAAGCUCCGGCAAUAGAGGAAUGGGUGAAGAAACUCAAAGGCGUAGCUGAAGAUGCUGAGGAUGUCUUGGAUGAAUUCAAGUACGAAGUUGAUCGGCGUAAAGUCGAAAUCCAAAACCAUAUGAAGAGAAAGGUUCUGAACUUCUUUUCACUCUCCAAUCCACUUGCAUUUCGUCUUCAAAUGGCGCAUAAAAUUCAGAAGAUCAAUGCAUCCUUGGUGGAUCUCGAGAGGAAAGCAUCUCCUCUUGGACUAGUUUCCAGGAAUACAGAUGCAACCUCUCAGGUGAUUAGAUGGGAUAGACAAACCAACGCAUUCUUUGGCAAAGAUGAAAUACCCGUUGGAAGGAAAGCUGAUGUGUCAAAAAUAGUCACAACCUUGACCGACUCCAAAUACAAUCAAGAAAAUCUUGCGGUCAUGGCGAUUGUGGGUAUGGGAGGCCUCGGAAAAACAACAUUGGCCAAGUCAGUUUACAAUGAGGAUUCGAUAGACAAGUUUUUUGAAAAAAAAAUUUGGAUUUGUGUAUCCGACGCUUUUGACGUCAAUGUCAUCCUACAUCAAAUGUCAGAACAGCUUAAUCGGGUAAAAGCCCAUUCUAAAGAUAAUCAGCAUACUCUGCUUUUGUCCCUUGAUGAAGAGUUGAAAGAAAAAAAAUACUUACUCGUACUUGAUGACGUUUGGAACAAAGAUUCCAAACUAUGGGAGAGUUUCAUGGAAUGUUUGUCAAAGCUUAGUUCUGCUAAAGGCUCCAAAAUUAUUGUCACCACUCGCGAAGAUGAAGUCGCAUCAAUCUCAGAAAAGCUACUUCCGCGACAUAAAUUGGGAAAACUUUCUGUGGAUGAAUGUUGGUCCAUCAUGAAAAAUAGAGCUUUCACCAAUAACAGUGAUCCUAAGUUUGAUACAAUUGGAAGGGAGAUUGCUGAAAAUUGCGGUGGUGUUCCAUUGGUGGCAAAGGUUUUGGGAGGCAUGUUGCGCACUAAAAAAAGCAUUGAAGAAUGGUCGUUGUUUAAAAACAGUAGAAUAUGGAACAACUUACCAAAAGGAGAAGAUGGAAUUAUGCCAGUCCUGAGGUUGAGUUUUGACAAUUUAGAAUCACCAUCAUUGAAGCAAUGUUUUGCAUAUUGCUCAAUGUUCGAGAAAGACUUUGAAAUUCAAAGAGACAACUUGAUUCAACUUUGGAUGGCUCAAGGACUACUCCGAGCUUCGCAUGACGAAAGUAAAGAUAUGGAGGACACAGGCAAUGAGUAUUUUGAUAUUCUAUUGCAGAGCUCCUUGUUUCAAGAUGCUACGAUGGGUGACAAUGGCAUUGUUACCAAAUGCAAGAUGCAUGAUCUUGUGCACGAUUUGGCAAAACUUGUGUCCAAAUCUGAAAGCUUGAUGGGAGACUUAUGUAGCAGAGAUAAUACACUUGAGUUUCGACAUGUUGCUCAGGUUUCUACUUCUACACUGGAAAAGAUCGCAGCAAGAAGUGCUAAGAAAUUACGGUCACUGUUUUCGGACAACGGUGAAGUUCCUGCUAACAUUCUUCCACGGUUCAAAGCUUUACGCGUCUUGAAUUUAUGGAAUGCUAAUAUUGAAGAACUUCCAGUUUCAGUUGGUAAGCUGAAACACUUAAGGUAUCUUGACAUUUCUGAAACAAGAUUCAAAGCACUCCCCAAAUCUGUAGGCAAGCUCUAUAACCUUCAGACAUUAAGAGCAAUGAAUUGUGCCCUUGAAGAGUUUCCGAAAGAACUGCAAAACUUGAUCAACCUGAGACAUAUUUAUUUUGAUGAGGAUAUCAAAUUCCCACAAGGGAUAGGACGGUUGACUUGCCUUCGAACAUUACCUUACUUUCCAGUGGGUAAUGAGAUUGGUCGUCGAAUUGAAGAGUUGGCUGGCUUGAAACAAUUGAAGGGUGAAUUAAUUGUUUGUAAUUUGGAGCACGUAAAGAAUGGAGAAGAAGCAAAGAAAGCUAAGUUAGAGGAUAAGACGAAACUACACCAUUUGAGCUUCAAUUGGACUGAAGAUAGGUCAACAACUGACAACAACGAGGAGGAAGAUGUCCUAGAAGGCCUUCGACCACAUCUUGGGUUGGAGAGCUUAACUAUUAUAAACUUCAUGGGCGAUAAGUUUCCAACGUGGAUGAUGAUGAUGAGUGGGUUGAAGAAGAUUGAGUUACUUGGAUGCGACAAAUGUGAAGUAGUCCCACCGCUCGGUCAUCUACCCAAUCUUACGGAGCUUAAUAUUAGAGGAAUGGCUAGCUUGAAAUGUGUUGGAGCUGAGUUCUAUGGUUAUGAUCUUGUAGCCACGACAAGUAAGGAGAUGAUUACUUUAUUUCCAAAGUUAAAAGUAUUACAUAUUUCUGAGUGUGAUGAUCUAAAUGAAUGGAAGCAAGUACCAACAACGUCAGGAAAAAAGGUUGUGGUUUUUCCUUGUCUCGAGAUGUUGACCGUAGAAAAUUGUUCUAAAUUGAACAAUGCUCCGAGUGAUUUUCGAUUUCCCCAAAAGUUGGAGAUGUCUUCUUGUGAAGGAUUGUCGCGCCUACCGAGUGGGUUAAAGAGAUGCACCUCUCUCCAGAAAUUGAGUAUAGAGAAUUGCGAUGGAUUAUCAGGCCCAUUAAGUUUAGGGGCCUCUCUCUUGGAAGUGAGUAUAGGGAAUUACAAUGGAAUAUCAGUCCCAUUGAGUGCAGGGGCCUGUCUCGUGGAAUUGACAAUACGGAAUUGCAAUAAUCUGACAUCAAUUGAAAUUAAAGGCAGCGGGUCCCUCACCGACUCUCUUCAGAAAUUGACAAUCUGUGAUUGCAAUGAAUUAUCAAGCAUACCUGCUCUUCCACAACAAUGUCCCUCCCUUCAGGAAUUGGAGAUAAGUAGAUGCCCAAAGCUAUCAUCGUUUGGUGUCAAAAGUAGCAGAGUUGAGAAGGAGGAGGAGUGCAUUAGCCUACAAUCUACUUCAGACUUGCGCACCAUGACCUCCCUUCGACUUCUGAGUAUUGAAUAUUGUGAAAGAUUAGAAAGUUGGGUGAGCAGCCUACAAUUCCCACUCUCUCUUGAGACGCUGGAAAUACAUGUUAUGCCUAAUUUACACAUUCUUCCAAGUUUAGACAACCUCAGUUCUCUCCGUACUUUGUCGAUUGUAAAUUGGCGAAACCUAAAAUAUCUGCCAACGGGGCUACAGUGGCCCACUGGCUUGGAGAUUUUGUUUGUCGGUGGGUUCUGGGAGGAGCUCGAUUCCUUCCCUGAUUUUGAAGUUGGAUCAUUAAUGCAUCUUACAAGGUUAAGGUUGUAUGGUUGGCCUAAGCUCAAGUCUCUGCCUCAACAAAUUCAACACCUCACUUCUCUAACAUCUUUGUGGAUAUGUUCAUUUGAGGGAGUGGAGACUUUGCCAGAAUGGUUGGGUAGCCUUACAUCCCUUAAAUGGCUGGAGAUUAGAGAUUGCAAGAAUCUGAAGAAUUUACCAAGUGUCCAAGCUAUGCAACGCCUCACCAAAUUAGAAAACUUGUGGAUUUUUGGAUGUCAUCCCCUUUUAGAGGAAAGAUGCAGGAGGGACAGAGGCACAGAUUGGCCUAAGAUUUCUCACAUUCCACAAAUCAUAAUACUCUCAUUGUGAGACAAGAGUUGGAUUGAAGCUAUGCAACGCCUUGUGAUACUACAAGAAAUGUGUAUUGGGAAAACCAAAUUUCAUAGUGUGCAAGGCCACACUUCUCCGCGAUUACUUGUAUUCCAGUUUUAUGUACAAACGACUCCAAAUGGCUCAAACUUUCGCAUUGAAAUUAAGUCAUUGCCAUCUAUAUUUCUUUUGGUAUGCUGUGGCGUUUUUCAUGAUGCUCGAUAGCUGUAAACUGACUCCAGGUAAAAGAAUCUUCAAUUACUCAAUAAUUUUCAAGCCUGCAAUUCCCACUCUCUCUUGAGACGCUGACAAUAAGAGACAUCACGAAUUUAGAGAGUCUUCCAAGUUUAGACAGCCUCCAUUCUCUCCGUUAUUUGGAAAUCGGUGGGUUCUGGGAGGAGCUCAAGUCUCUGCCUCAACAAAUUCAACACCUCACUUCUCCUUUUUAAAUCAUACAGCAGUUGAAUCGAUGGUAGGCUGUACCUUACCAAAUUUCAUGGUGCGCAAGGCCACAGUUCUCCAAGAUUAUUUCUAUUCCAGUUGUAUGUACAAACGACUCCACAGGGCUCCAACUUCUGCAUUGAAAUUAAUCCAUUGGCAUCUAUAUUUGUUUUGGCAUGCUGUGGUGUUUUUCAGGAUGCUUCAUUGGUGCAAACUGAGUCCAGAAAUUAGGUAAAAGAAUCUUCAGUUGCUAUGCUAUAUGAUAUUUCCAAGCAUUGUACUAUCAGUUGAAAAGUUUAAAUCUGCUAGAAGGUCUGCAAUAAUUCAAGAAAUUGAAAAAAAAAAAAAAAAAGAAAGGGCCAUUGGCAGGUUCUGGGAGGAGCUCAAUUUCUAUCCUGAUGUUCAAGUUGGAUCACUGGAACUUGAAUCGUUACAUUUGAACAGGUGGCCAUUGCUCAAGUCUCUGCCUCAUCAAAUUCAACACUUCACUUCUUUAACUGCUUUAUGUAUCGACUAUUUGAGGGAGUGAAGGCUUUACCAGAGUGGUUGGGUCGAAGCCAUGCGACACCUCGCCAAUUUACUUCGCACUGAACUAAGCAACGACGCUCUUACUCGAAUGUGCAGUAGGUGCAAGCAGAGUCUAGCUUCUACUUGCUGAUGGCACUAAGUUGGAUCAUGCAAUUUCUCAAAUGUCUAGUGGGGAUGCUGAGAAAUAUACGAUGCCAACGAAUUUGGACUUAAUUGUUCAUCCUUCAGCGGAUUAUCCUUCGUUCCACAGGCCCAGACUUGUUUCUCUUUGUGAUUUUAAUUCACCAACUCGUCUCAACUGGCAUUUCUUCGUUAGCUUCGAUUGACAAUCGAAAGUUACAACUUCCGACGAACCAGAGGACCUGUGGAGUUUCUCGAUUAGUGGCAUUGUGAAUCUGAAAGUGUUGAACCAUUUUCAAUUUUUUUGUUUCUCACCAAAUUCUUUUCAACUGGAUUGUUUCUUCAAUAUGUUAGAAGGAUUAAAAUUUGUUGUCUAUAAUUUUCUUAAGUUGUUUUGGUAUAAUAUUUGUAAGGGGAGCAUUGGGAUUCCGAUCAAAACACUUGCAUGGAUUCUCCCUACGUAUAAUCACGAUAAAAAUUUUAUAAUCGCGAUUGUUCAAUUUUUGUAUCAUAUUAAUGAUAAACCAUCCAUUUAUGUCA